AGAUUAGUCACAGACAAUAUUGACCUAGCUGUGCAAGCCAGGCAUCAAUCAUCAAGCCAUCAAAACAAGUCCCUACACUGGACCCAUUGUUUUGCAGUCAAGAAUCGUGUUAAGCCUGAUACAAGUCUAGUUGAUUGUCAGCCACAGAUGCAACAGAAAGACUUGCAGAUGAUCCACAUACUUCCAAGCCAAGAGGAGCACGUUGCCAUGCAAUCAUGUAUGGUAACACUUGUCUUUCAAGUAAUUUGUAAAUACUUUCAAGUGUGUAGAGGGGCUUAAAUCAGCAGUAAUCCACCACAUCCCACAUAAGUAUUUAAAUGAAAUGAAGCAGAAGUCAAAACAAAUAAGUAACCCUUUUAAAGUGGUAGUCCAUUUUACAGUUACGGGGUGCAAACGGGUUGACCUUGUUUUGAUACAACGGUUCCUGAUUUAUUAUGUUCUUAUGCUCACUUUUGUUUUUUAGCAUCAAAAGAGGUUUGUAUCAACAAGGUCUACCUCAGCCUCACAUCCGCUCAGAGGCUAGGGUACUAAGCUCAUAACUCAUGGUCGAUUCAAUUUGCUUUAUGCAUUAAAGAAAUGUAUUGCUUUUGCAAAGCUACUUUGUCUUGCUUAAACUAGAACACAUUUCCCUGCCUUGUUAUUGUGUCCAUUUGUGUUUGCUAAUUUUUUUUUUAAAAUUAUGUCUUUAAGGCCGUCUUGUAUGUGUAAUCAAAGGAAUUUUUACUUUUUAAUUAUCCUUUUCUAACACUUGUUAACUCAACCCGUCCCUCUCUGGAUUUUUAUUUUGUUGCAGGCAUCGAUCUGACGAUAAGUGGAAAUGAUAUUUGUUAUAGCCAGUUUCAUUUGCUGUAUGGUGUGCCCGGAAGGGAUUAAACUUCCUUCGCAUAAAGCAUUGCAAUGCCAUUAAAUAUUAUUAUAUCAUCUCAGCUUACUAAUUCCAUCUUAGACAAUACAAAGGAAUAUUGACAGCUUGAGUAGUCUAUGUUUUAACCCAAACAAGCACUUGUUAUGAUAAAUCAUUUGCACUACAGCCUUGUAAGGUCUGAUGAGAAGACUGGAUUAACAGUCUUAAUUUUUCCAAUUUUUAGUGCCUCCUAGGGUUGGAUUUUUUGAACACAAAUAAGUCUGGUGACAUGGCAGAGUUGUUGAAAAAGUUUCAAGAAGAACAUGUUCCAAUGAAGGAAGAUCAUGUGUUGCACAAAACUAUUGUUCAUGGAGACCAGCUAACUGAGGAGAGGGAAAGAAAUGUCCAGUGGACAUUCAAGCUUGGAGAGACCGAAGCUGAUUGGCUUGAGGGGCUUGAGUGCACAUUUUCAGAAUUCCACCUAAAAAUGUGCAUGUAUCAGGUAACUGACCUUUUUGAAUUGGCUCAUUAUAGUUCAAAUAUUACGUAACCUUAGUUUUUGCCAGUCUUGAAUUGAAUUUGUUGAUCACUACCAUAAUACCGUCAGUUGCAUCUAAGUGUGUACAUGUGAGGAAAAAACAGGUUCUAACUGGAUGCAAACAUGACUUGUUUGCUGCCAAACAUUCAAAGUUUGGAGUAGGCCACUGUUGUCGACUUGAUUUGUUUUCUCAAGUGUGCUGUUUCUGAGUAAGAAAUAUGCCUAAAGGUUGAGGAAAAUGAAAUAUGAACAGAAUGCGCUGAUAAAAAAAACAUAUAAACAACUUAUAACCUUUGGUGCGACAGUCGAACUUCAAAUGUGUAGUGGCAAAACACUUCAUGUCUUUCACUCCAUUAGAACAUGUUUUUUUGUCUUGUGUCCGAUGGUACUUAAAGCAUAAGACAUUACAUUUUGGAAGUCUCCAUCAGGGAUCGGCAAUGCACAUUAGUUCAAACAUUGAUAGAUACUGACUAGUACUAUCACGUGCACAAAAAAAAUUGCUUGGGCUGAUGUUACCUCUGAUGGUUGGGUUUGACAAAUUGAACAGUAAUUCACUCAUAUUUAACUUAUAUGACUAUUUUUCUGUUAUAUUAAAGGUGAGCAACAAAAUUUUUGUAAAGGAAGAAUCAGCAGGUGAAAAGGGGACUUCAUUUGCUCAAAUGAACCGAAGUGAAAAUUCCAAUGCAAAGAAAGUGCCCACAAAGGAUUUCAAUGCAUGUUUUGUUGCGUAGACUUCACACUUCAUUUGGAAUUUCUGGAGCACCAUUAGAUUGGUUUAAGUCGUAUUUGUCACCAAGAAGUCAACGUGUUUCCAUUCCCGGCACCCUCUCUGACAGUCUUCCUUUUAACUAGGGCGUUCCACAAGGGUCCUGUCUUGGUCUCUUGUCGUAUAUCAUCUACUCUUCAAAGCUAUUUAACAUCAUUGAACGUCACCUUCCAAAUUCUCACUGUUAUGUGGAUGAUUCACAAAUAUAUUUGUCCUUCAAGCCCGAUGACUUGUCCAGUCAACAAAAUGCUAUAACUGCCAUGCAAAAUUGCAUUGACGACAUUCGCUCAUGGAUGGAACACGACAAACUCCUUCUCAACGAUUGAAAAGACGGAAUUUCUCGUCAUUGGCACCCAGCAACAGUUAUCUAAAGUUAAUAUUUCUUCGAUCACCGUGGGAAACUCUGCUAUAAUGAAAUCGCCAGUUGUUAGGAACCUUGGCUUGACAUUGAUGACAAGCUGUCAAUGAACUCCUACAUCAGCAAAGUCUGUAAGGCAUCAUUUUACUACCUCCACAACAUUAGGCGGAUGAGAGCCUUUGAUUCAGGCGUUUGUCUCCAGCCGAUUAGAUUACUGUAACAGUUUACUCUAUGGAUUGUCACAGGUACAAAUUGAUAAGAUUCAAAGAGUCUCAAAACGCAGCUGCAAGGCUUAUUUUUGAGCAUCCUAAGUUUUGCCAUAUAACACCAGUCUUAUCUCAGCUUCACUGGCUUCCCAUAAAGUACCACAUUGAGUUUAAGAUUUGAGUGAUGACUUUUAAAGCUAUUCACGACAUGGCACCAGAUUAUCUUUGCAAAUUGAUCCGCCAAAGGAAAUCAACCGGAUAUUCCCUCAGAUCCAGCAAAAACGUUAUGCUUGAGGUUCCAAGCGGCAAGAUACUCCCAACAGUUGGUGGUAGAGCAUUCUGUUAUGCAGCCCCAAAGCUCUGGAACAACCUACCUAGCGAAAUAUCCAGCCUUGACUCUCUCGUCAAAUUUUAAACGCCAUGUGAAAACAUAUCUUUUUAAACAAGCUUUUAAUUUGUAGUAGUGUAUUUGUUUCGUAUAUUUUAUUAUUUAUCACUUAUUGUUAUUUUAUUUUAUUUUGAAUUCUUUCUACUUGCUUGUAAAUUUUAUUCAUCUUUAGUCUUUCUUUUUAACUUAUUGUAAAGCGCAUUUGAUCAUAUAUGUCCCAUGGAAAGUUGCGCUAUAUAAAUUUUAAUCAUUAUUUUAAUUAUUAUAAAGACUUUCAUGAGUCUAAAACAUUUGCCAGCAUUCUUGCCGCUUGGAUGGAAUUCACAGGAAUGGAUAGUAUUGACAGUGAGUUUACUACUUUACACUGUCUAUUUUAACACCAAUUAUUGCUUGUAAGAACACUCCUUAACUAUAGUAAAAUAUUUUUAAAAAUGAAAGACAGGAAUUAAUAUCAAAGUGUACUUGGAAAUUAUUUUUCUGCUCUGAAUGCUUUUUUCUCAAGGUCUACCAACCACUCGCCAGCUUCCAGACAGAGCAGUUUUAAAGAAAUGGGGAAAUGAGCAGAAGCGUGACUGGUUGUCAAAGGAAGUUGUCGAAUUUCUUAAUGUGUAUGUAUUCAUACAGACAUCAUGUGACGUGAAUGAGUUUGUCGCAGCUGUUGAUGAGUUAGACACCCAAGGAAGAAAUGGUUACCCGUUCCGAGAGUGUGGAGAGGUUUUCAACAACCAUCCAGCAAGGGUAGAGUAAGUAUACCAUAGAUGCCUUGAAUAUAAUUUUCCCUGGUACAUCUUUGUCUCUUAAUGAAGUACUAGAUGGGGUUGAGAUAUGGACGACAGUUCUCAGUAAUUGAUGUAUUAACUAGUACAUAUAAAUUAUGUGUAUAUGAUUGUUAAGAGAGUGCUUCAUCACUGCCAGGCUUAAGCCUGGAAAGAAAUGAAAAAAAAUGAUCAAUUUUAUGUAAUUUUUUUUGUGCCAGUAAUGGUCCCUACGCACUUUAGCUUAAUUAAAUCAGCAUCCAAUUUUACACACCAUAAAUGGCAGAUCACCAUACACCUAUAGCACUGAUUCAAGCAAUAACAACAAUUUUUUUCCCUGAAAUUAAAAAAGGCAUUUUCUGUGUUCUUCCUUAAAACUGCUAAUCUGUUUGCCUGGAAGUUGCUGAAUACUCUUUGUGUCAUUUAUUUUUCUUUCUGUGCUAUUAGUCAUGAAAGAACGCAGCAUGGAAAGGUACCAAACACCUUUGAAGAUAGAGAUGAGUUUGGUUAUUACAUUUGCCGUAUCCGUUGUGGAAAAACGUACAAGACCAAACAAGGAAGUAACCAGUAUGCAGAACGUAUUCUAUAUCUAUGUUGCGGUUAAAUUUUAUAAUUGGUUCAAAUGUUAUUUUUCUUUGUUUUAAACUCAUUAUCAUACAUUUCCAUAUCCCCAAACAAAAAAUUGAACGACAACAUAUACAAGUAAUAGAUAGCAGUCAUCUGAGACAAAGAAAUUGUCUUUGAUUUUAUAAAUUGUUUUAUCAAGUGGCUAUAAACAAGUCUUUCUUGAAAGUUGUCUUCAGAUACUUUAACUUUCCAAGAAUAUUAAUGAGAACUUUAAAUUUGUUAUGUACAAAAAAGAGCAACUAUUAUAAGACCAGUAUUCUACCUUUUCAGGCAUGAGAGAAGCCAACAUGCAGAUCAAAUGAAUGAAACGCCACACCAAACAGACAAUGGGGCUGACCAAGAAGCACAAGAUCACUCUGAGGAGUGUGUUCACAAUUACCACAGUGCAAGAUUGACAUUUGGUCUACUUAUGAUGGUUUUCAAUGAUUCAGUAAAAGAAGGUGACUCGGCAAGCCUGUUGAAGUUCCUGAAAGUAGCUCUUCUCUUUCUUCACACACAUAAUAGAGUCAAGUAUGCAUAUGUUGUUCUUUUGUUCCUGGCCAAAGUAUAUGCCAUAUUAAGUGAAAAGCUAGCAUUUGAGGUGUUACAUAACCGUGCUUUCAACAACUCUAGAAAAGCAGGUGGAAAUUUUCCCUUAGAUCUCAGGAUGGAACACUUAAAUAAGCUGCUUAAACUAACAUUGAAACAGCUGGCAUCAAACAUUUCUGAACCAGCUACGCAGCGGAUUGCCAAAUCUCUGUCCACUUUAGAGGACAUUUUGUGCAUGGCAGACAUUGAUUGCAAUCUGAAAGCAAGAAGUGGAUUUCACAGCUCAAAACACUUGGAUGAAACAGUGAUCACCAUCACAAAAGAUUUGCAUGACAUCAAGGCAUUCAGUGUUCAGCCAGGAAGGGAGUACAAGUCAUUCAAGGGGUUCAAGCGAAACCUUCUUCACAAAUUAGAUUAUAGAGAAUUUUAUAGCUGGGUCUCAAAACCUUUUGCAGUAUGGCAAUCUAUGUAUUACUAG